AUGGAAAUGAGAAGCGGAAAUCAUCAUGACGAGGAUGAGGAACAUCAUUUGAAUGGAGGAAAUGGAGAACAUCAAGAAACACUGCACUCACAUCCAUCAACCACCCAACUACAACAUCAGAUACACGAAGCCGAAUUCCGAUUGUCUUCGAUGAGAGACGAAUUCGAUCAUCAACUCGCAUCGGCUCGACUGGAAACAGAGAAUGCGACAAGAAAUGCUCAAUAUUUGCGUGACACGGUCGACCGCUUAGAGGGAGAAAUGAGAAAUUUGAGAGAAAGGGAACGACAAUCGACUUCGAGGAGUUUCAUGGAAGAAUUCAAUCCACAACAGACUGUCUUACAAGCAGAUUUGCUUAGUCAACAAGAGCUUGAAGCACUUCGAGAGAGAGCUGGCGAGCUGGAGACGGCUUUGAGGACAGCGCAACGAGUCAGAGAGGAGCUGGCUGAUCAGUUGAAUCACAUUGGUGCGGAGAACUUCGAGCUCCGAGAACGGAUCUCCGUUCUGCAGCGGGACACUGAAGAGCUCACUCAGCUACGUCUCACCAAUCGACAACUAUAUGAAGCUCUAAAUCAAUUGCCACCCCAAGAAAAUGAGAGAUUUGUCGAAGAGAUUCAACGAUUGAAGGCCGAGCUGGAAGCGCUCGCCCCGAGACAUCACGAGAUUUGUCGACAACUUGCUGACGCACAUCAACAGGUCGCCACUUGGCAAUACCGAUCCGAACAAGCCGAAAAUCAGCUGUUAAUGUCUCAAGGAUCAAGUGUCGAAUUAGUAGAACCACUCCAACAAAGCAAUCAGAAUUAUGAAGAAGUGAAUCAACUUCGGAAAGAAGUCAACAGCUUGAAGGAUGAACUUGAUCAUGCUCGUUUGAGUCUCGCCGAAACGAGAGAAGUCCAAAAAGAAGUCGAAUUGUUGAAAGCUGAGUUGGAAGAAGAGCGAAAACAAACAGAAGCCAAAUGGGAUGAGGUUUGCGAGAAAUUGAUCAAAGGAGCCGAGAGACCGCAACAAGAAAGCCCGGCUGGAAAAGCUUCUCGAAAAGCGUCGUUGGAUGAGAUGCACUGCUAUUUGGACGCCUACGCUGAGAAGUGUAAACGUCUAGAGGAAGAGCUGAAGGAAACGAAAGGGAAAAUUGAGCAUGGAUCCUCAUCAUAUGAAAGCUCUCGAAAUGCGAGUCCAGAAUUGGAAGCAGAGCUCGCGGUUUGUCAACAAAGAAUCGCUGAUCUCGAGAAACGAUUGGAAGAUAAAUCGGCAAGAAUUGCACAGAUUGAACAGGAUCUUCAGGCUGCGUAUGAGAAAAUCGAGACGGAUAAAUUGGAGAAGAAAAAGCUGAAAACGGCCGUGAAACAGUUGAGAGAUAAACAAGGGACGACUGUUGAGAAAAUUACCGCCGCCCAAGUUGAGCCAACCAUUACGAUCUCUCAAGUCCAGCAGAGCUCAUCUCAUUCGGUCAAUGAGUUGCCAGUGGAGCAAAAUCUCCAGGAGCUCGAAAACCGGUUGCAAAAAGCCGAAUUGGAAAGCUUUGAAAACCAUCGUUUAUUGGAAGAUGUGAGGGCUGAAUUGCAUCGAACACGGACAAUUGCACAGCAAAAAGAAUGGGAGUUUGAGGAGAAAAUUGAGCAACUUGAACAGGAAAAGAAAUGCGAGAGCGAGCAAAAGGCGAGCGUUGAGGCGCAAGAACAAGAUCUCCGCAUUCGAUCACAACAAACGAUACAGGAUCUCGAGACUAAAGUGUAUGGUCUACAAGAAGAACUCUAUGGACAAAGUCAAGCCGAAAGCAUGCACGAGAUUGAGAGUCGAGAAAAGAGAAUCACGAUGGAACAUCAAAUACAGGAUCUACAAAAUCGAUUGCAAUUCGUUGAAGAAGCCAAAGUGAAAGCGGAAAGAGAUGUGAACAGACUGAGUGCUGAAUUGGAGACAUUAAGGGAGGGAAAUGAAGAGAAAGAAAGGACAUUCCAAGAACAGAUCUCGAUCAUGGAAGAACAACAGAUCGAGCUGAGUUUCCGAGCGGAAAACGCCGAGGAAUCAUUCAAUUUGAGCGAUCUUCACGAAACGGCAAAAGCUCUGCAAUCAAAAGUUGAUGAAUUGAGAGCCGAACUGGCGAUCGCUUUGACGAAUCUCGAAGCGCAACAAGAGGAAAAUCAAAGAAUCCGAGAAAAUGGCGGUGAUCCGGAAUUGAUUGAAAGAUUGCAACAAGAGAUUCGAUCGCUCACUUUCACUCUACAGAAGAAAGAUUAUGAGCUCACAAGUGUUCAAGAUCGGCUCACAAUCGCCGAACAACAGGCAAUUGUGAAUGAAGUUGUCAUUGAAACGACGAACAAUGGAGAGGAAAUCGAGCACGAAUCACUUCUCCGUGCGACAGCCGCCACUUCGAAUGCAGUGAAUAGCCUAUUGACGACAGCGCCUCGAUCACCGUUGAAUACUCAAGAGAAUGCUCAAAUCGAUUCACAGGCUCAACAUCACUUCCCUUUGGUUCAUCACGUUGCGCAAAUGGAUCAGCAGAACUAUUGGACUCAACAACAACAGCAACAACCAAAUCACCAACCGGGCUUUGUCUCCUCUGAUUGGCCACAAGCUCAACAACAGCAAUAUUAUGCUUAUCAAAGUCAUUCACCUCAACAGCACCAUCAUUCGCAAUUCCCAUCAGUGCACCAACAAGAGCAUCAGUAUUAUAAUCACGGUCAACCCCCACAAAUCCUUCAAGUCGAUCCAGAGAAUCAAGAAACGCCCGUUUUGGCGUCAACUCCUGUCCCAACACCGCGAGAUAACGCAGAGAAAUCGAAUUUUCAAUCAUCGCCUUCUUUCUCUGUCCCGGUUCCCCAGCUGAACACCAACACCGAAAAGGAUCUCUUUGCUGAGAAUCAGUUGCUGAGAGAAUGCGUGAAUGAAACCAGUCGAAUGCAUGACUCACUCGGUACCGAUGUGGAACGAUUGCAAGAAUUGAGAGCCGAACUCGAGACAGCUAUUGAGGCAUUACAGGCAGAGAUUUGGUCAUUGAAUGGACAAUUGAAAGCGUCAGUGUUGGAUCGAGAGAAUUUAUCGGAUCGAGUAGCCGAUCUUGACUCGCAAUUGAUUGUUGAGAAAAGGAGAGCCGAUCAAAUUGAUCAAGAAUUGUCAGAACAGGUUGAACUCACGGAAAAAGCUCAACGACAAGCGGCCGAAUCGGAAAAUGAAAGCAAUCGGCGAUUGGCUGAAUGUCUGGAAAUGGAGAAUAGAAGAGAAGAACUUGAGAAAUCGUAUGCCCAACUGAUGGAGUAUUACACUCAAUUGCAUGCCUCCUAUAAUGCUCUAUACACGUCAGUGAAUUCUGCGAAACAAGAUGGUGCAACAGAGACCGAUCUCUCGACAUCCGAUGUGACAAGGGGACAGGAAGCUUUACGACUUUAUGGGGAAUACCGUCACCAGUUCACACUCAUUCGCGAGCAAACCACCUCAUUGCGUGAAGCGUUUCGUGAUUUCGCUCAGGACCUAACCCGAACGGAUUUAACAAGUUUGGAGUCAUCAAUUGGCACCGAACUCGCGAGAAUCGAGACCGCUUCGAGGAGAGUAAAUGAGAUUCGACAAAAUCUCGCGAAUCCCGGAACAUCUCAUCGUGAUGAGGAAAUUGGGGAAGUGAUCGACUCACUUAUUCAGGACUGUGGCUUGGAAAUCUCUCUCGAGGCCGAUUUGAUCGCAAAAGUCGACGAAGUGGCCACUCUUCUCCAAUCGAAAAUUCGGGAAAUCGAAGAAACGAGAAAGGCGGUUCUCCAACAGCAACGAAUCUGUUCGGCGUUAGAGGAUCGAUUGUCGAAAGCCGAAGAAAACUCGGGACCAGAUGGCGACACGCGACAAGAACUCGCUGUCACACAAAUGAUGCUUCGGCAGAAAAACUAUGAAAUCUCCGAACUUCAAGCGCGAGUUGAAGAGUUGAAAGAGGCGGUUACCGAGUUAAGCACUUCUCGCGAAAAUGAACAGGCCGCUCGUCUCGCGACACGACAAGCCGACGUGGAUUCGCUGUUUCGGGCAAAUGCCGAUUUGGCGCAUACGAAUGUGAGAUUACAAAAUGAGAUGGAUGAAAGGAGGGAAAUUCGCGGAGAUCGGGAUGAGCAACAGGACGAAAUUGAGCGGUUACGUGAAGUGGAAACGACGUUGAAUACCCAAUUGGCGGCACUCGAUCGGCAGAUUCUUGAUGAUCGACGAAAAGUUGCGGAUUUAGAGAGACAGCUGGAAGAAGCUAGGAAUCGGGCCUCAAUCUUCGAGACUCAACUCCACACGCAGCAAGAACUUCUCAACAAUCAACAAUCACCACCAGUUGAUGAAGAAAUGAUUGAUGAGUUGGCUCGACUUCGUGACGUCGAAAAGUUACUCAAUCAGACAAUCAACGGCUUUGAGGAGAAAUUGAUGGAAGCCGAGGAGAGGAUUCAUGAGUUGGAGAUUGAAAUUGAUGAGGCAAAGGAGAAGCAAGGAAGCACUCAAGUGACGAAAAGAGAUUCGAAUGAGGGUUGGGGUUGGGGUGAUGAAGAAGAGGUGAACGUUGAGAGAAAAGAGAUGCCAACUCUUGAGCAAACCCCGAACCAAUCGGAAACUCUCCAAAACGAGCUGAAAGAAGCAGAGAAGAAACGCUCAGAAGCUGAAGAAAAAGCAGAAUGGAUGGAGAAGGAAAUGGAGGAAAUGAGAGGAGAAUAUGAUGGAUUGGUUGAGACAAUCACACAAUUGAGAGUAGAACAAAUGGAAUGGAGAAAGAAGAUUGAGGAAAUGGAGAAUGAAUUGACGAGGGAUAGGUUGGAGAAGGAAGAGUUGCAGAGACGAUUGGAAGAGGGAGAACAACAGAAAGAAGAAGAUGGUUGGGGUGAAUCGUGGAAAGAGGAAAAACAAGACGAUCAACUAGCUGAAUCACUUGCAGUUGAGAAGAAACAACGAGCUGAUGCGGAAGAACAGAAAGAACUUCUCAAGGCAAAAGUUCAGUCACUUCUUGAAAAAAUCGAUUGCCUUGAGAAUGAGUUCAUGGAGAAAAUCGAGGAGAAAGAUUCGAUCGAGAACGAGUUGAGGGAAAAGAUUGAGACCGUGGAAAAAGAAAAAAUGGAGCUGGAGAUGAAAAUGGAUGAAGGAAAAGGCGAUGCGGGUUGGGGAGAUGAUGAAUGGAAAGAGAAUAAUGAGAACGAUGAAAAUGGAGAGAAAAUGGCUGAGGCUGAGACACAAAUUUUGACGCUUCGUGCUGAAUUGGAUGCGAAAGAGGAAUCUCUUGCUGAUACGAAGAAAAAAGCCGAGAUCCUUCAAUCACAACUUGAUCAAGUCGAAAGAGAAAGACAACAACUUGCAGAGCAUUUGCAACAGUUUGAGAAUCAAAAGACCGACGAUGGCUGGGGGGAAGAAUGGAAUGCGGGAAAUGAAAUCACAACAAACGCUCAACUCAUCGAUGAAAAAGAGCAGCUACAGAAAGAGAUUGGAAAACUUGAGAAAGAGAUUGAGACUUUGUCGAAAAAAUUGGAUGAGACUGAGGGGAAUUAUGAGGAGAUUUUGGAAGAAUUGAGAGUGGAAGUGACGGUGUUACGAGAGAAAUUAGAACAAUCGAAUAAUGAGAUCGGAGCGUUGAGAGAACAGUUGGAGAGGAGUGAACCGGAGAUGGCAAAAGAUGAAAGGAAUGAAGAAUGGGGAUGGGGAGAUGAUGAGAAUGGGCCAACACAGACAAACGCCCAAAUCACAACACUCGAGGCUCGUCUCGAAGAACUCUCACUGAAAUUGACGAUAGCCGAACGACAGAUCGAAGAGAAAGAGAUGAGAUUUGGUGAAAUGAAAGAAGACAAUGAACAGAUGGAAAUUGAGAUGAAUGAACUGAGAACGACAAUUGAAAGAAUUUCACGAGAGCUCGCCGAGAAAAUGGCUCAAUUGGAACAAGUUGACGGAGUGCAAUCAGAAAUGGAUAAUUUGAGAGAAGAAUUGAAUCGAUUGAAAGUUGAGAGAAAGGAAAUGGAAAAGAAUUUGGAAAUGCUCGAAGCACAGAAGAAACCACAAGAAGAAGAAGAAUGGGGAUGGGGAGACAAAGAAGAGAACGGGCAAGGAGUGAAUGCCGAGUUGCAGACGAAAAUCGAAGAACUCAAAGCAGAAGUUGAGAUCGCGUCGAGAUCGAUUGAGAACCUGAAACUCGAGAUUCAUCAAAAGGAGACCGAUGCGGUUGAAGCUUUGGAGUUGCAAGAAACUCUGCAAGGAGAAGUGAACGAAUUGUUGCAUCAAUUGCAAGAGACAAAACAAGAGUUGGGGAAGGAGAAAAACGAGAGAAAUGAACUUCAACAAUGUCUUGAACAUUCAAAGCAACAAGAAGACCGAUUAGCGAAAGAGUUGACUGAACAAGCUGAACAAAGUGAGAGAAAUGAGAUUGGAGAAAUGGAAGAACUUCGCUCACAACUGAAAGCAGCUCACAAGAAAUGUUCGCUGUUGAUGGACAGUGAGAGUCGAUUGUUGGAACAAGUGGACGAGUAUGGAGCACAAGCCGAUCUACAAAGAGAAGAAGCCGAACGUUUACAAAAAGUGAUCAACCAGCUGGAAGCCCAGAUAUUAGAUCAAGAAGAGUCAAGGGAGAAGAUCAAAGAAAUGGAGAAGAAAUUGGAAGAACAAAAUGAUCGAUCGGUUGAAUCAUCUGCUGCACAAGAACAAGCAAAAGAAUUAGAGGAAUUGAAGAAGAAGUUGCAGAAAAAGGAGGAGAAGAUUGAGGUGUUGAUCGUUGGGAAACAAGAAACGGAGAAACGGAUGGGAGAAGCACAAAAGAGAUUGCAAGCUGUGGAACAGGAAAGAGAUACGGCUAAACGUCUUUAUGAUGAACUCCGGGCAAAGCUUUUGGCGGCAAAAAGAAAAGCUGCGGCAACGAAGACAUCUCAAUCCUCAAGACGAUCAUCGAUUGCAUCAACGAGUGCCCCAUUGGAGCACGAGAUUCCGGAAGAACCGACUUUUGUGGCUCAACUCACCCAACAUUCACCACGAUUCGACUCUUCCGUAGACUCAACAACGAGUCAGUAUCCAUUGGAUGGGGCAUUGGGCGAGUUGGCCGUGAAAUUCGAGGCGUUUUUGGAGGAAUUGGGAGAGAUUUUCAACGUACAUCAUGAAUAUAUCGAUGAGAUUCGAACGACUUUCAAGACACUAACUGAAAAGAAAACGACGGAAUCAAGUGGAAAUGGAGAUGAAAUACUCGAGAGAAUGAUAGAAAGACAAAAUUUGAUUGAUGAAUUGGGAAAUGAGGUUGAUCGAUUGAGAGAUGAAUUGAAAGAGAAAGAGAUCGAAAAUCUCGAGUUUCGGGCACAAACCCAAAAUCUUGAUUCUCUGAUAAAACGAGAAAAGGAAAAAUAUACACAACUGGAAGAAAUAUUGAAUGGGAAAGAAAACGAGUUUCGCGAAGAGACAACAAGGAUUCAUGGUGAACUUCAAGAAAAAAUGGAAGAGCUGAAAGAUUUGCAGAAGCUUUUUGAAGAGACAAGGGAUCUCCAAAGAAUCUUGGAAAAUGAGCGAGAAGAAUUGAAAGAUGAAAGAGAUGCGCUUGUAGUAAAGAAUACGGAACUUCAAUUGGAAAAUGGGCAGCUUUACAAAGAAAGUGAAAAGAAACUUCAAGCAGAAAAGGUGAAUUUCGAAAGGGAUUUGCAAGAAAAAACUGUCGAAAUGGAGCGUUUGGGAGAGCUUCUUGAAGAGGCAAAAGCUCAGCAAAAGACUUUGGAAGAUGAGAAGGAUUCUAUGAGAGAAGAAAUUGAAACAAUCACAAUACGCGUUAGUGAAAUCGAUGCAAAAAACGAGAGGUUACGAGAAAAAUUGGAGAAUUCAGAGAAAAGAGCCACUGAAGAAGAGGAUCUUGCAGAAGUGACCCAGAAAAUCCAACAAGAAUUGGUGGAAGCUGGCGAAAAAGCUCAACGGAUUGAGGAAGAAAAUAUGCAACUGAAGGAUUUACUUCAAAGUGUUAAAGACGAAGAGGCGAGUCAAGGAGAAGAGAUGAAGGAAAAAGAGAGACGCUUGAAAGAAGAGAUGGAAAAGAUCCAGGAUGAGUCGAAUCGGAUUAUUCAAGAUCAGAAAGACGAGAUCGAUGAGUUGAAGCUAAAUCUGGAACGAUCGAGAACCGCACUUGCUUGUCAAGAGAAUAAAAUUUCUCAACACAAAACCGAAUCAGAGGAAAAAGACCAAAAGAAUCAAACCCUGCAAAAUCAGUUGAGCGUCAUUAGGGAAGAGUUGGAAAUGGAAAGACAACGAGUGACAACAAACGAACGAUCUGAGAAUGAAGAAGCGAGAAUUGAAGAACUUCAAGAGAAACUUCACCAAGCUGAACAAAUCAAUGAGACACUUGAGACAAGAAUCUCUGGCCUAGAGACGAUAAACUCUUCAGAAAUCAAGCAAAAAGAGAUUCAACUUCAAGAUCUUCAGUCACAAUUCGAUGAAUCUCUAUCAAAAAUCGCUUUUCUGGAGGCGUCUCUUGAAAGUAUUUCAGUAGAAUCGGAAGCCCUUCGUUCAUCGAGUGAUUUGACUGGGCCUCAAAUUUCUGCACUAACAUUCGAAAAUGAGACUCUCAAAAAAGAUUCCGAAGAAAACAAGGAAAAACUGAAAAGGAUUGAGGCAAAGAUUGGCGAUCUUCAAUCAAAACAUUUGCAAUCAGAAAAAGAAAAAGAUGAAGAGAUUGCGAAAUUGGGAAAAGAGAUUGAAGAAAGGAAAGAAGAAACGAGAAAUCAAAGGGAACAGAUUGUAACUUUAUCGGAAGAUUUCGCGAGAAUUCAGUCGGAUUUACGGGAAAAAGUUGCUCAAGUUUUGAUUCUUGAGUCGACGGCUCGAGAGGGUGAAGGGGAGAUCGAAAAGCUUCAAGUACAGAUUUCCUAUCUAUUAUCCGAACGAGAAAUGCUCACUACCGAGUUGGAAACAUCGACAAUUUCUCUUCAACAACAACAGAAAGCCGAAGAAGCGCACGGCGAACAGAUUGAGCUUCUGAACAACGAGAUUCAAGACUUGCAACAAAAGCUGUCGGAGCAAACCAUGGAACUGGUCGAGUCUGGCAGAGCGAAACAAGAGAUUUCUCUUCCAUUGGGUGGCGCCGCCAACGAAGAAGUGCAAGACUUGAGAAGUGAUUGUGUUCGCCUCGAGUCACAACUGAGAACGGCUCACGAUCGGAUUCUUGAUCUACAGAAAGAGAUCUUUUCUCAACAACAACGAGUGGAAUGUCGUGAUCGAAAUAUUGUCGAUUUGCGAAAUGAGCUCUCCUCUUUCCGACAACAGCUUCAGCAUUUGCAGUUCGAGAACGAACAGUUGAGACGCUCGAUGUCAAAUCGAGACCCAGCCGAGCGAAUCAUUGCUAUGGAACGUGAAGUAACUGAAAUAAAGACUCGACUGCAGAAUCGAAAUGAUGCUUUAAUGGAGGACUUGCGCACAACGGAGCAACAACUUGAGAUCAAGUCGCAACGUGAACAAGAGGCGUUGAAAAACGCAGAGAAAAUCGCCGAAGUGGCAGAAGAGUGGCAAUUGAAAUGCGAAACGGCUAUGCAAGAGAUGGAAGCGUUGAGGAGAUGCGCGGAGGAGACGGCUCGAUUGGGGAAUGCUCUCGAGAGGAGUCGAUCCGAUCAAAUGGAUUUGGUGCGACAAUUGGAGGAAUCCGAACAAACGGCGAAACGAGCUCAGCAGGAAAAAGACGCUUUACAUGCACAAUUAACAAUUGUCUCGCAACAACUCGACGAUCGAACGGAAAGACUCCGAAAAGCCGCCGAGACAAAAAUGCAUAAUGUGUUACGCUUGGUUGAAUUGGAGUCCCGUUUGAAUGCAUCUCGUUUGACAGUGGCUGAGCAAAGGCGAUGUCAGAACACGCCUCUCGAGGGCGAACCAGAUUCAUCGGUGGAGAUUGGAGAAAAUGAUUCACCACAGCCGAGCAGGGAGGAGCUGAUAGAACGACUGACGGCGGCUGAGGCGCGGAUUAGAGAGCUGGAAAACCCGGAGAUUAUCUCAAGUAAUCCCGAUGAUGAAGCGAUAGAAGACGAUCAUGAAAUCGAAUUUCUCUCUGCAAGUUUAUUGGAUCGAUCGCUUGAAGAUGGGAAUUUGGUUGACGGAAUCGAGACACAUUUGGAGAGGGAAAGUGAAUCGGGAGAAACCCAGUCUCAACUCGACCAAAACGACGAAAUCGACAACGACCAAGAAUUUUUGAGACCACAACAAGUUCGAGACUUCAAU